GUCCACCGCGCGCAUGGCCUCCGUGUGGAAGCGGCUCCAGCGCGUCAACAAGCGCGCCGCCAAGUUCGAGUACACCGCCUCCUACCACCGCGUGGACCUCGACACCUCGCCCAAAUGGAAACCAAACAAACUAUCCAUUGUGUGGACGCGGCGCUCGCGGCGGGUUAUCACGGAUCCCGUGCAAUGGGAGCCAUCUUUGAAGGAUCCACUCAAAGGCAGCGUGAUGUUCGCGGUACCGGAGAACCGUUCGGUGGCGGUGACGCUCUUCAAAGAUGCUCGCACGAACGAGUUAGAAGAUAAGGACUGGACCUUCGUGCUAGAAGAUGUCUCCCCGACAGGAAAGCGCCGUCGUCUCGCCGUAUGCGCCAUCAACAUGCGGAAAUACGCCUCCCUAGAACCUUCCCAACGGGCCUUAGUUCUAACCCUAGAACCGACGACACAGAAGAUCCAGUCUGCAUCAUUGCAUCUCACGUUACACUGUGUGCUGCUACGGGAGGGACAGGCUACGGAUGAGGACAUGCAAUCUCUUGCUUCACUUCUUUCUGUCAACAACAAUUCGGAUAUCGCGGUGCUAGAAGAUUUAGACGAAGAUGAUUACACACUUUCUGACAACUCCACAAGACAGAUGUCCGAUCUCCGUCAGCAAAUGGAAGAGAUGACCCAAAGUCUCACCAACAGCGAUAUCGCCGCCACCCCCAACAGCGUCCAAAGCUUACGCUUCGACGAACGCACCCCCACCGCCCCCGCCACCCCAGCCUCCCCUUUCACCUCCCUUACCGAUCAAACCCCUACCAACGACUUAAAAAUAGUAGAAACCUUGAAAAAACCCGAAUUCUUCACUAAAAGUUUAAAAAUCGAACCUAAAAUGACUUCUACUCCCAAACCAACCACACCUCAAGAAAGUUUCAAAAGCGUAAUCUUCAAACCGAAGAUGGUGUCGAGAUUGAACCUUAAGCCGUUGGAUUUAAAGUCCAAUUUUAAUAAUAUAGGGCUGGAUAGGAAUGAUAAUGAGAAGGAUGAUGAGAAAACGCCGACGGGCGAGGAGAAGAUUGGGAGGAUUGAUAAGGAUAAAACUCCGGUACAAGACUUACUAGAAUGGUGUCAGACGGUGACAGCGGAAUACAAACAGUGUCGGGUGACAAACUUGACCACCAGCUUCCGGUCCGGACUUGCGUUCUGCGCCAUUAUUCAUCGCUUCCGGCCUGAUCUCAUUGACUUCUCUGGCCUACAACCUGACGAACCCGAACAAAAUCUUCGAGUAGCUUUAGAAGCCAGCGCUACGCUCGGAAUCUCGCAAGUUUUGACAGCGGCUGACGUGUGCAAAAGCAAACCUGAUAGGCUAGCGAUAAUGACAUACCUCUUCCAACUUCGGGCGCAUUUCACUGGCAACGAAUUACAAGUAGAACAAUUAGGAAACGAUGAGACAGAGUCAUCAUAUCUAGUCGGUCGCCAUGAUACGGACGGUUCGUUACCUCGGGAUCUGUUCAGUAGAGAAAUUAGUACGAGAAGAUCGAAGAACAUGGAGAACCGACCGAGGCCUGGGUCGCAAGUUUCACAAGAUUCUCAAGUAUCGGUCCCAUCGCGUCAUUCACAAGAACGAUACACGCCCGAUAAGCAGCCCUUGCCGGGUGUCGCGUCCCCCGCGCCGCGGCCGCGCCUCAUGACGCGCAAGGAGCUCACCGACCCCUUCGGCUCCGACGACGAGGAGGAGGGGGGGGCCGACGAGCCCGCACCCGCCACCGCUACGCUCACUAUCAAUACCUUCACCAGGCUUCCUGAUGAAACCCCAGAAAAACCAAAAAUAGAACCCGCAACAACGGACCCGCUACAGAUCACAGAGAAGCCAGAAACAGAGAAGCCACUCGUAAAGGAGACCACGCCAGAUCUGCCCAAACCCACGCCGCAAUUGUUGUCGCGUCACGAUGAGCUUAAAGAGCGAGCGAGACAGCUGCUUGAGGCUACGAAGAGAGAGGCGAGAGCGAAAGAGAAGAAACGACAGGAGUUGAAGGAGAGAGAUGAAAAGGAACAAGUUAAUGGGAUUAGGAAUGGAGAUUUGAGUCCAACAAAGCCAAUGACAGAAGAGGAGAGACAACAAAUGCUACGAGAGCGAGCGAGAAAGCUGAUAGCCAACGCGAGAGCUGGUAUUGUUAGUCCAACAUCACCAACCGGCUCUGUUCGGUCACCGCGGGGCACGGUGGAGAUCAUCAGCAAGCAGUCCGUCAUGGAUGAAAUCGCUGCAGAUUUACUAAUGUUCAAUGGUAAUGGGUCAGUUGGCGGCGUGGAGCAACUAGAAGCCAUGCUGUCUCAAAGUUCACACUCCAGUCCCGGCUCUAGAAAGAGCGCUAGUCCGGAUCGCUCAGAGGGCUCCGUGGGAUCACGAGGUCGGUCGCCGCUGCCGCUCGCGGCGCUACUUGAUAAUGCGAAUGCUGAAGAGGGCAGAGAAACGGGUUCUUACAUUCAGAGUGAGUUAGAAGCGUUAGAAAGAGAACAAAGCGCUAUCGACGAGAGAGCAGCAGCUUUGGAGAAACAACUACGAUGUGUGAUGCAGAGCGCAGAUAAUACAGAGCGCAAGUGGAAACUCCUCGUCAUGCCCUGCCUUCGCCCUCAUUUAGACCCGGAGGAGGACAGACUGAUGUCGCAGUGGUUCAAUCUCGUGAAUAAAAAGAACGCCUUACUGAGGCGGCAGAUGCAACUUAACAUUCUAGAACAGGAAGAGGAUCUCAGCAGACGAUGCGAGUUGCUCGCGAGAGAGCUGCGACUCAGUUUAGGCGUCGAGGAGUGGAGGAAGACGGACGGACAGAAACGGCGGGAGCGGCUCUUACUACAGGAGUUGCUGUCGGCUGUCAACGAGCGAGACAGGCUGGUGCAAGAAAUGGACGAACAGGAAAAAGCGAUAGCGAACGACGACGAAAUAGAACGCAACCUAUCCCAGGUGGAGAUCCAGCGGAAAAACAACUGUAUCUUACAGUAAAUUAAGUUCAAUAUCGCUUGAAUUGUACACAGUGACUUAAUACUUUAUGGCGGUUUUAAACUGCACUAGGUCCAUUUUAAUGUAUUCAUUUUAUAGUCAAAGUCUAAUAUAUCUGGACAUUGUGACAAAUACGUGAUUCGUUUAGAUAUUUUUGUCCUUUUGGCAGUUUAUGUUUAGUGACUUUAAAUCAUCGAUAUACAAUACGGAAUUUGACUAAGUACCGUUUUUGUUAAAUUUGGAAUUCGUUCAAUGAAAAAAAAACAAGUGUUUGUUUUAAUGUGAGUAAAUGUUUGAGUGUCACUAUUUUUAUGUGUAAUAUUUUAUUUUAAUUUCAUCAAAUACCGUAUUAGCAUUUGAUUAUUAAUUUGACUCUGAACAAAAUGCGUAAUCUAAAAACAAAAUACAUUUGUGAAGUCUCAAUAAUCUUGUAACUAUUUCAUACAUAAUUAUACAAAUGCUAGGUUGGUGUUCGUAAAAGGAAUUAUUUUUAACUCUUAUAGUUCGUUUUUUUUAGCAUUAGAAAUAAGGUAAACAAUCUUGAUGUGUCUUUGAAUUGAAAAACACAUUUUAAAAAUAAGUUACGGCAAAUAUGUAACAAUUAUGAUUCUAAUAUGAUCAUUUAUAUUCUUCUGCUUUCAUAAGUAAUAGUUACUGAUUUUUAAAAAGCGUUUUUCAAUUAAAAGACAUGUCAAGAUCGCUUACUUUCUUUCAAGUUCUUUCUAAUGCUAAAAAAAACGAACUAUAGUUCAUCUAUGUCGACGCUUCGGCAUUGCAUAAAUAGUUAUCAUAUUUAUUGGAAUUAUUUUGUGUGACACUGACUAUAGGUUGUUCGACUAUCUACAGGAUAUUUUCUACAACCCUUUGUCAAACUCUGUGAGGUCAAUAUGUAGGUCAUACAAAACAACCUUUCUUUAUGGAGGCAUCCUUGAAAUCGUGAAAAAAAUGUAGCUGUCUCAUUCACAUCAUACAUCAUUGAUAAUUGAAAUGUAUGAAACAGUUUCUUUUUCUGAUUUCAGUGCGGGUCCCAUAGUAAAACUUGUUCAGUGUGAACUAUAUUCAGCUCUUGAAUAUGUUGAAAGGUUGAAAAAAUAUCCUGUAUAUGAUAUAAAGUAAAUGUGGUGCAAUAACGCUCCUACAGGAGGUAUUGAAGUCCAUUAGAAUAGGUUAGUUUAAAAGAUCGAGAAUUAAAUUUUUCGGUAACUUGAGCCUUAUAUUUAGGUGCAUAGGGCUUCAUUUUCUUGCAUACCGACAAGGUUGAUAGAUCGUCUUUUUCUCAAGUUGUGUUUUAAUCUUUUCGCCGCCAUUGACUUGAUAUAAAGUCAGUACAUUUCGUGCCCCACUCGCUAUGACUUGAUAUGUUAUGCGGGUUAUUUACGUGCAAUUUUCGACAUGGCGUUGCUGACACUUUAUUAGUUUUAUUACUUUAUUGACGUGGUAGCGAAGAGGUUAUUAACUUGUGUUUGUCCGAAAUAAAAGGGAUACUUAAAAUAAGUCUAGAGCUUGAUAUUCCUAUGACAAAAAUUAAAGUGAUUUUAAAUUUAUAACAGUUUGAAACAGACAUCUGUCUUUCAAAUGAAAAAUUGGACAAACACAUUGUUAUAAAUCUGGAUCGAUUCUUGUAAUACUUUUAAUUAACCACAUCGGAAGCGAAGUGAAAAAAAAGAAUAAUUGCGAGUAUUAUAAGAAUCGGGCCAAAAAAAAUGGAACAUUGACAAUUUUCAAUUCGAUUAUGUAUAUUAAUAUAAUAUUGCGAGCUUUUGUAUGUAGCUUAUAUUCGUUGUAAGUCGCGGAAUACUCAUUACUGUUUCCUAUAUUUAUAUUAUUUUUGCUUAUUUAUAGUGUUAUGUAUUUUUGUGACAAUUUAUGUGAAAGCGAGAAAAAAUAAACUCAAAAAACAUCUUUACACCAUAAAAUUCAUGAAUUACAUAAUCACAGUUUUAAUUAAAACAUACGAAAAAAUCUUAAAUAAAAGAUUUCUAAAAUAACCUAAAAUUACUGGUCAUCAACUGGAUAAAUAGAAAAAAAAACAGUAAACUUCAAAUAUAAAAGAUCUUUUUUAACAAUCCCAUAAACAUAUUGUAAUCGAAAAAAAAAACAAAUAUUUUUGAAAGCUCUCUGUUCAUUUAAAUUGUCACAACAUUUGUGACGUUUUCAGGAAAAGCUUAUUGCCAUUGUCAAUAAGGCAACAAUCAGCCUUUUUCUGAAAACGACACAUUUUAGGUUAGUAAAGUGUGGUUCACACUAAGUCAGGCACCCGGUGUGGACACAGCCUUAGGUCUGUACCAAAGUUAAGACAUUUCAAAUUGAAUCGUGGCGAAUCAGACCUUACAAGUUUGGUAUGGAUUUACCAAAGAAUUCCAAAAUUGUAUGUUUAGCUGAAGAAACUGGCAACACUAUUUACUUUUUAAUGUUAGGUCAGGUCGGGUAAAAGGAACCUAGAUACCUACAGGAGAAAAAAACUUGUACUGUAUUUUCAUACUGUUUUUCUUAUCCCGCCUGUAUCUUUUUUUAUUUUACUUUUAACGAAUUUUGUGGCACUUUAUGCUAUCGCAGCUUUAUGCUAUCGCAUGCGACCCAUAGUGUUUUUUUUAAUGAUUAUAUGGAUAGUGUUGCCGGUCACAUAUUUUUUUUACAUAAACCUUUAUUUUAAUUCUGGUUGCUUCAAAUCCCUUAAUAAGUUACAGUGUAGGCAUCGCCCGGAGAGUGGAGGGUUGAGGUGAAUGAUUACACACACAGCUACACAAAGUACUAAUCACAUAAAUAUUGAAUGAAUGAGUCAAUGUGACAUAUGCGCACGAUAUUAAACUUUAAAAAAAACCUUGGAAACUUUUUGGUUCAACUUGCUUGCUUGCUACGAAAAAAGAACACUAAUUUCAAAAUAUAGCUGUCACUACAUGAUUUUGCUGUUGUUGUUGUUGUGUGCGUGACUUCAACUCUAGGGCCGAUACCUAUAUAUCUCAGAAUGAAAGUAUUUGUCUCCUAUACUUCGAGCAACACCGGGAAGGGAGACUGCAUUCGUACUAUUUCCCCUCUGCCGAAGCAUAGGCACAACUGUACCUAUGGCGGUGCGUAUUGUGACUCGCCCGUACACAAAAAGAGAUUGAGGUGUGCAAGAUAUAUCUUUGACAUGUGUCAUUUUCUAUGUAUUUCUGUCGUCAUUACAAAUUGGAUUUUGUAUGUAGUGAGUGAGAAGUGCGACUGUGUGCACGUUUCCCCCCUAAAAAAUGGCAGAAUGAUUUGUACGAUAAGAUAUCGCUGGGGCUCCUCCCUUCCGACGUGUCGGAAGCCGGUGUUGCUCGAAGGCCUAUUACGAUUGAGGCUUGACCAGCCAGAUCAACAUUUCCCACACACAUUAAACAGUGAUAAUUAAGUACAAUUUGCCAUAGACAAUCGCUAUCAUAGAGCGUUUUUUUAUUUUUUUAAGUAGUUUUUUUAACAAAUAUUUUUUUGAUUAAAAUGUAAAUAUUAUUUUAAAUGAUGCUAUAAUUUAUUUGCCUUAAGUACUAGGCUGAUGCUAAUUAUCAAAUAAAAUGUUUAUUUUGGCCUAAAUUUGUUUUCGACUACGCUGGCACUAGUGAUUAGUUAUAAUAAUAGUACCUAUAUAAUAAAUGUCCAAUAGAAGCAAAGUAAUAGCACCUCUAUUAACUUACAAUAAAGUCCAAAUUGCACUGGUAGUUAAUCGGAAAAUGUGACAUACCUUCCAUCUGCAAGGUAGGUAGAGUCAAAGUCAAAAAUAUGUAACCCAUAUAAGAAUACCGACCUUAUUCUCAGGGCGCAAGAUAUUUUUGGCUGACUAUAACCUAUGGGUAAAAAUGACCCUGUAAAGGCAUAAAAAGAUUAAUCAUUGGUUUGUCACUAGAUACGAAGUUAGUACCUAUCCGAUAAUGUCUGAGCAGUCAAUGAACUAAUUUCCACCAUAAGUUUCAGUGCGUAAGGUUUAUUUUUAAAUAACAAAAAAAUGGAAAAAUCUCUUAGAAAUUCACUCUUAAAUAUUUAUAUUCAUUGAAUUCGGCUGCUCAGAUAUUUACUGGUUGUACUUUGUCAAUAUAAUACCUUUUGGUAAACAUUUUAAAUUAUAUUAAUAACAAACGUAAAAUGGGAAAAUCGUCCUUAGUCGUAGUCAAACUAUUUUCUCGAAACCAUUUUAAAUAGAUUUAUUUUUAAUACAGAUCUGCGAGUUUUAAAAUCAUUGUCGUUUUAUAUUCAAUUUGCAGUUACGAUAACUUCGGCCACGGUUUAUAUAAAAUACAUGCACAUUAUUAUUGUAUUUGGCGGUGCUACGAGCCAUUGACUCAUGUAUUGGUGUGCAAUUUGUAAAUGUACUGUGUGCGUGCAAGCUUGGAAAGUUAUUGUACUGGCUAGCUAGUACUGUUGGUAUUUUCUGCUAUCACAUUCAUUGUACCUACUGUGUGGUUUAGGUGGGUUUGUUAUAAUGAUAAACGCUUCUAACAAAUGUUUCGAAGAUUUAUAAUUAAGUCAAGAGAAAAUAUAAAUACAGCUAUGUUUGCUAUUAAAUACCGCCUAAAAAGAAGGCUAAGUUAUGUUUGACAUGUGUAUUUCUUAGUUGAAUUUGGGUAAUCAUUAUUGUAUAUCAUAUCUAUUUGUUUUAUAAGGUAUUUUAAGUUAAAGUUGCGUUUCAAUACUUUGUACGUAUUAAUUUAGAAUUGUUAUUGUCUGAAUAGUUUUAUAUUUGUCGUAUUUACAGUCGGUACUAUCUCCACGAGGCUUGAACGCACACAGACAUUUUAUCUUUAAAAUAGCUUUUCUAAAUUUGUAAAUAGCUUAGUUUUAAGAUGCAUGAUUGACUAUUGUAAAUAAAUCGAAAUCUACAAUGUAAGCCAGUUUAUUAAUUAACUAUAAAUAAUUAAAUAUGAAACCUCACAAGGAGGUAAUAUUCAAAAUCGGUGCGUAACGCAAUCGGGUCAUUUUGACCCAGUGUCGUAAUGUCAAGGGACGCAAUUAGUGGUAUUCAUCAUUCGUAUUUCGAUUUAUUGACAAUAAUUAAGCGGUGUAGGUUCGAAAGACGGCAACACGGUUUAAUAUUAUGCGCAAUUAUACGUAUUUAUUCAAAAAAACAUAUAAAAGUCCCUUUGUUGAGUUUGUAUUAACAGUAUGUGGCAUAAAAUUUUACGUUUGCAAUUUAUAGAGCGUCAUAUACCUAACCGAAAUAAAUACAGCUAUAUGAUAGAGUUACUAUUACCAUACUAUUAAAUAUGUCCUGUAUAUCUCACACCUCUUCUAUUAGAUAGCUGCAUCUCUUUCAAAUGGUCAAUCACGAGCUGUAGCUGUAUUAAAUUAUGUUAAAAGCAAUUAUUUUUAUUUUUAUGUUUUUAGUAUGCUUUUCAAUGUCCAUUCGAAGAUUCUUAGUAUAAAUAGAUUAUAAUUCUCUCAAUCUCUCAAUUCCAUGAACGUUUUUUUUUAUGUCACGUCAAUGGAAUUGAGGUUUUAGCUUAAAUAAAAAUACUGGGCACUUUUGACCCAUUGCCUGAAAUAUGUUUGUCACAAGUAAUCAUGCCACGUAGGAUCGAGUAGGAAUACACUUACAUUACAUAAUAUCGGCCAUAUUCGUGUGUAACUUACGCUAGUUAUUUAUAAUAGCCGUAUGAACCGUAAUGAAAUAAAUCGAUGACGUAAU